GAGGCGGCACCAGGAAGCGCCCGCCCCGGCCAGAGCCGCCAUGUAACCGGCGCCGCCCGCCCUGAGCCCCAGCUGCCUGGGCCCCAGCGACCCACCCGCCAUGGGGGACGAAGAUGAGGAGGAGGGCUGCGCGGUGGAGCUUCGGAUCACAGAAGCCAAUCUGACGGGGCAUGAGGAGAAGGUGAGCGUGGAGAACUUCGAGCUGCUCAAGGUGCUGGGCACGGGAGCCUACGGGAAGGUGUUCCUGGUGCGGAAGGCAGGUGGGCACGAUGCAGGGAAGCUAUAUGCCAUGAAGGUGCUGCGCAAGGCGGCGCUGGUACAGCGCGCCAAGACACAGGAGCACACGCGCACAGAGCGCUCGGUGCUAGAGCUGGUGCGCCAGGCGCCCUUCCUGGUCACGCUGCACUACGCCUUCCAGACGGAUGCCAAGCUGCACCUCAUCCUGGACUAUGUAAGUGGUGGCGAGAUGUUCACCCACCUUUACCAGCGCCAGUACUUCAAAGAGGCUGAGGUGCGUGUGUACGGCGGUGAGAUCGUGCUGGCUCUGGAACACCUGCACAAGCUGGGCAUCAUCUACCGAGACCUGAAGCUGGAGAAUGUGCUCCUGGACUCGGAGGGCCACAUUGUCCUCACAGACUUUGGGCUGAGCAAGGAGUUCCUGACAGAGGAGAAAGAGCGGACCUUCUCCUUCUGUGGCACCAUCGAGUACAUGGCCCCUGAGAUUAUCCGCAGCAAGGCAGGGCACGGCAAGGCUGUAGACUGGUGGAGCCUGGGCAUCCUGCUCUUCGAGCUGCUGACAGGCGCCUCACCCUUCACACUAGAGGGCGAGAGGAACACACAGGCUGAGGUGUCUCGACGGAUCCUGAAGUGCUCCCCUCCCUUCCCUUCCCGGAUCGGGCCCGUGGCACAGGACCUGCUUCGACGGCUGCUGUGCAAGGACCCAAAGAAGCGGCUGGGUGCGGGUCCCCAGGGUGCACAGGAUGUUAAGAACCACCCUUUCUUCCAGGGCCUGGAUUGGGCUGCUCUGGCUGCCAGGAAGAUUACAGCCCCAUUCCGGCCCCAGAUUCGCUCAGAGCUGGAUGUGGGCAACUUUGCAGAGGAAUUUACCCGACUGGAGCCUUUGUACUCACCCCCUGGCAGCCCCCCACCUGGAGACCCUCGAAUCUUUCAGGGAUACUCCUUCGUGGCCCCCUCUAUCCUGUUUGACCACAACAAUGCGGUGAUGACCGAUGUGCUGGAAGUGCCUGGUGCUGGAGACCGGCCAGGCCGGGCAGCAGUGGCAAGGAGCGCCAUGAUGCAGGACUCGCCCUUCUUCCAGCAGUAUGAGCUGGACCUUCGGGAACCUGCACUGGGCCAAGGCAGCUUCUCUGUGUGUCGCCGCUGCCGCCAGCGCCAAAGUGGCCAGGAAUUUGCAGUCAAGAUCCUCAGCCGCAGGCUGGAGGCAAACACACAGCGUGAAGUGGCUGCCCUGCGGCUGUGCCAGACACACCCCAAUGUGGUGAACCUGCAUGAAGUGCAUCAUGACCAGCUGCACACCUACCUGGUCCUGGAGCUGCUGCGAGGCGGGGAGCUGCUGGAGCACAUCCGAAAGAAGCGGCACUUCAGCGAGUCCGAGGCCAGCCAGAUUCUGCGCAGCCUGGUGUCAGCCGUGAGCUUCAUGCACGAGGAGGCCGGUGUGGUGCACCGUGACCUCAAGCCUGAGAACAUCUUGUAUGCCGACGACACGCCGGGGGCUCCAGUCAAGAUCAUUGACUUUGGAUUUGCGCGGCUGCGGCCGCAGAGCCCUGGGGGGCCCAUGCAGACGCCCUGCUUCACACUGCAGUAUGCGGCCCCCGAGCUGUUGGCUCAGGGUGGCUAUGACGAGUCCUGCGACCUCUGGAGCCUGGGUGUCAUUCUGGUAUGGCCGAUCCCAGGGGAACCCCGGAAGGUCCCCGAUGCGCAGCAGCCCUGGUACAUGAUGCUGUCGGGACAGGUACCCUUCCAAGGGACCUCAGGCCAGGGCGGGCAGAGCCAGGCAGCCGAGAUCAUGUGCAAGAUCCGAGAGGGCUGCUUCUCCCUCUCUGGAGAAGCCUGGCAGGGUGUGUCGGAGGAGGCCAAGGAGCUUGUGCGAGGGCUCCUGACUGUGGACCCCGCCAAGCGGCUGAAGCUCGAGGGGCUGCGGGGCAGCUCCUGGCUGCAGGACGGCAGCGCGCGCUCCUCGCCCCCGCUGCGCACGCCGGACGUGCUCGAGUCCUCAGGCCCCGCGGUGCGCUCAGGGCUCAACGCCACCUUCCUGGCGUUCAACCGCGGCAAGCGAGAGGGCUUCUUCUUGAAGAGCGUGGAGAACGCACCGCUGGCCAAGCGCCGCAAGCAGAAGCUGCGCAGCGCCGCCGCCGCCCGCCGAGGCUCCCCUGCGCCCGCCGCCACCAAGGGGGCCCCCCGCCGAGCCAACGGCCCCCUGGCCCCCUCCUAGCCCUUGCCACGGUGGCCUGCCUGGGUCCCCAGGAGUUGCCUUCCCUCCUCCCCAUCCACUCCCCGACAGAGCAGAAGUAUUUUUAUAAGCAGAGCAAUUUUUUAUGUCUUAUCAGGUAGUUAGGGCUGCAGGGAAGGAGGGGCCUACGGGAGAGUGGGUGUGGGGGCCUCUCGGGAGACACCUCUCGCCCAGACAGGGGGCCCCUCCCAAGGAGCUGCGCCAUUGGAAGGGCUUCUUCCUACUCCAAGCACUGAGUUGCCACGGGGAGAAACUGGGACCCCUCCCCUGUUCUCCUCUGAGGCCUUGCUCCUUGGAAGGAGGUCCCCGUAAGCUGUCACUUUAUGGACUGUUUGUGCAAUUAAGUCCACCACAGCCUGUGUGGGGGUUGAGCUAGAGACCCUGGGGGCCCUUAGAGCGUUUCUGGCUCACUUUGUCACCUGCUUCUCCCCUGUUGGGGCUAGGGAGGGAGGUACGCAGCCCCUAAAAGGGGAGGCCCCCUUGUCUCCCACCACUCCCCUUUGGCACAGCUGCUCCUGACUAGGGGUGGGGCCUUGAGGGGCUGGGCUGGGCACCCACCAGUCACUGCCCCAGCCCAUCCAGGCUGUGCCUUUGACUUUGAAAUAAAGUCUACCCAGUGCUGUGUG